UGAUGGAUCAAAUCUGCGUCACCUGGCCGUUUCAUUUGACAAGAGCAGACGACAGGUUUCGACAGAAGAAUUUGAAAUUUAAUAUACAAGGUAUAUUUGAAUGGCAAUAUUCAAUGAAACAUUAUUUUCAUCUGACUUGUGAAAACGUACGGUAUAUGGAUUAACAAUAAUUCGUUUACCUUUGCAUAGGUAAAUAAUUUUUCAUGGGAAUGGUGUAUACUGGAAGGAAAUACCUUAAAGUAUAAUUUUUAAUGGAUUUUAACUAUGUAAUAGUGCAAUAUAAUCAUGCCAGGGUGACAGACAGACUGCAGGUGGACAUUUACACCUGAAUAUGUCACUUCUUCGGACAUUUCUAUUCCUGACAAUUUCCGGAAGUCCCUUGAUAACAGGAUGGGCUACGACACAAUCACCAGAAAACAGGUUACAAGGACCAAUAUUCCUCUCAGAACCUCCUAGCUCUCUAGUUUUUGCAAAUACCCAUGGUGCUCUGGUUCCCUGUACGGCGUAUGGAAAACCUGCACCUGCAUUAGAUUGGAUAAAGGACGAUGGGUCUGCUGUGGAUGAUGUUCCUGGAUUACUCAAAGUUCUCUCUAAUAACACCCUGCAGUUCUAUUCUUUUGAUGAUGCAAGCUUUCAGGACAACGUUCAUACACAAACUUACCGAUGUCUGGCCACGAACGUUGCUGGUUCCGUUAUAAGUAGACCUAUGCAAGUUAAAUCAGUUCUAAUCGAUGACUACAAGACAUACAAUCUACAAUUGACGGAUGUUUGGGCUAUGAAGGGAAGCACAGCAACGUUUAAAUGUGUCAUCAAUCCUUCUUAUGUAAAAGAAUACAUCAAAGUAGUCGGCUGGACACAAGGAACCAAACCAAUUGUACCAGGUGAACGAGUCAGCUUUUUUCCUGAUGGAAAGCUACAAAUCCGAGAUGUUAGAGAUGAAGAUAGAUACACAACAUACAGAUGUAUAGCACGUAAUAUACUUACCAAAAAGGAAAAAGUCAGCUCAUUUGCAUAUUUACAUGUUCAUGAACCACCUGCUGGUGGGUCUGCAGCUGAAGUUGAUGACUAUUCUAAGGUUGUGUCAGUAGGACAUGGAUCAUCAGCAGAAUUAGCCUGUGUUGGUCGUGGGAAUCCACUACCUACCUAUAGAUGGAGUUUCCAGGGAAAAGAUCUGAGUAUUAAUAAUGUCGUAUAUGGCCAGAGAGGUGGAAAUCUUUUCAUCAAAAAUGCACAAACAGUAAACAGUGGCGAUUAUACAUGCAAUAUUUCCAACACACAUGGAUCAGUAAUUGUCAAGACUCAGCUUGUUGUCACAUUACCACUGGCGGUGAAGAUUGAUCCGCCGAAUCAAAUAGUAGACUCUGGACAACCUGCAAUGUUCAACUGUUCUGUGGAAGGCUAUCCAAUCAAAUCGAUCAAAUGGUUUAAAAAUGGUCAUCCAUUUGUCAAGGAAAAUAGAAUGACUAUACAGGAUGACACUUAUUUAACCAUCAAUGACGUCAAUAGAAUGGAUCAGGCUAUGUACCAAUGUGUUAUAACAAACGAUAAAGAUGGAGCUCAGGGAACAGCUCAACUGUUACUAGGUGCUGCUCAUCCAGCAUUUGUUGACUUAUUUGCUGAUCAGUAUGUUCAAAUCGGACAGAAAACUUCGAUUAAGUGUAACGCAGCUGGGAAUCCAACCCCUAAUGUAUCAUGGACUUUAGAUGGUCAAUCCCUACCACGUGACAACGAAUUAAAGGAAGGGAGUUUUAUGAACGGCCUUGGUGAAGUUAUAAGCUAUGUGAACAUAAGCAGUGUUGAUAUCAAGUAUGGUGGAGAGUACACCUGUAAAGUGUCUAACGAAGUGGGAACGAUUUCACAUUCGAGCAAACUCAAUGUUUAUGGCAUUCCCUGGGUUAGACCGAUGAAGAACAUUACUGCCACAGCUAAUCAACCAUUGAGUAUCACAUGUUACGUUGCUGGUUAUCCCGUAUCUUCUGUAAUAUGGUCUAAAGAUGGUACGGCUUUACCACAUAACCAUUUACAACACAUUGUUGGUGGGACACUUACAAUUGAUAAAGUUCAGAAACGACAAGAUUCUGGAAAAUAUGUUUGUACGGCAAAAAAUUCUAAUGGCCAAGGAUCAAAUCAAUCUGUUAAUAUCAAUGUAGUCGAACCUCCAAUGAUUGAUCCAUUUACUUUUCCUGUCAAGAAACAAGGUGACAGAAUUGUUAUUUCAUGCGUAGUUAGUAGUGGUGACCAACCCAUAAAAAUCAAAUGGACAAAAGAUGGUCAUGUUAUUCCACCAGAUAUGGGCAUAAAAAUUCAGCUGUUAGAUUCCUACACCAGUAUGUUCAUUAUUGGUGACGCCAGUACCAAGCAUACCGGAAAUUAUACAUGUCAAGCUAGUAACCCAGCAUCUACGGUGACAUAUACAUCUUUACUGCAGGUGGAUGUUCCACCAACGUGGAUAAACGAACCUGAAGAUUCUUUUGUUAUUUUGAAGAAAAAUGUGAUCCUUGAUUGUCUUACUAAUGGAAUCCCAUCACCAAAGAUUUUGUGGAAGAAAGCUUUAGGUGAUACACUUGGCUCCUAUCAAGCAUUGCCUUAUACCGAAGAUACCAAUGAUAACUCCAGUCGUCUACAGCUGUUGAGUAAUGGCACACUUGUAAUCAGACAUGCUGAAGAGGAGGAUCAUGGGCAUUAUCUCUGUCAUGCUGACAAUGGUGUAGGAUAUCCUCUCAGUAAAGUUAUCUUUCUCACAGUGCAUAUUCCAGCCAGAUUUAAUGAACCUAGUAAGAAUUAUUCUGUGAUAAAAGGACAAAAUACAACUCUAGAAUGUCAAGCCGUUGGAGAUAAGCCAAUGUCUGUAUCUUGGAGUUUUAAUGGGAAAUCGUUAUCUUCAUCUGCAAGGAAACAAAUAGAGAAAAUAACUACAAACAGAGGAAUGUUAUCCCGCUUAGUAAUUCGUCCUUCUGGGAGACAUGACACCGGAUUUUAUGUCUGUACUGCUGCUAACAAAUUUGGAAAUGGCAUAUUGUCUAUGAGACUAGUUGUACUUGAAAGACCAGAGGUUCCACUUAAUGUAACAGUUGUCAGUAAAACAAGUCGUGAAGCAGUGAUCCAAUGGAAGAAACCAUAUGAUGGAAACACAGAUAUACUGUUUUAUGUGAUAGAAUAUAUCAAAUCUACAGGAACAUGGCAGGGAAAAAUUCCAAAUAUAACAGUACCAUCUACAGAAUUAUCAGUGAGUGUACCUAAUUUGCAGCCAAGUAUGUCAUAUCUAGUUAGAAUAAGGGCUAACAAUUCAGUUGGGUACGGAACAUCUUCUCAGCCAGUAGACAUUGUAAUGUUAGAGGAAGCUCCAUCAGGUUCACCCAAGGAUAUAGAAGUGACAGCUUUAGGAUCAGAAUCCCUGAAAAUAACAUGGAUGCCACCAGCAUCGAAGCACAUCAAUGGUAAAAUACUUGGUUACUAUAUUGGAUAUAAGAUGACAGAUAGCCCUGCCAGAUUUCUAUAUAUACCAAAGGUUAUUGGAAAAGACUUUAAACCAGAACAUACAUUGCACAAUCUUGAAAAGUUUACAGAAUACUCGGUCCACAUCCAAGCUUAUAAUGGUAAAGGACGUGGUCCAUCUUCUCCAGAUUAUAAAGUGUUUACCUUAGAAGAUGUUCCUAGUCAGCCGCCACAAGGAGUACAAGCUACAUCUAUAAACUCCCGAAGUAUUAAGAUAAUAUGGUCACCGCCUCCGUUAUAUACUCUCCAUGGGAUACUACAGGGAUAUAAGAUAUUGUACCAGCCAGUCAGAGACGAUGAAGAUGAAAGUGACGCCAACACAUUGAUAACUGAUAAUCUGGAAGCUAUUAUAACAGGAUUGUCUAAAUAUACCAACUACAGCCUACAAGUACUUGCAUACACGAGGAAAGGCGUAGGAGUCAGAAGUGAUGCUAUAUAUGUAGUUACACAACAAGAUGUUCCAGAACGACCAGCGGAUAUUAAAGCACUGCCUGUGGAUAACAGCAGUAUUCUGGUUUCUUGGAAACCCCCUCUUCAUAGUAACGGAAUUCUUACCCGAUAUAAUGUUUACAUCACAGGUGGAACAUACAAGGAAAAGACACCAAUGAAAUUAGAUGCUCCAAAACUAACUCUUCUGUUGACAAACUUAUCAAGUAAUGUGGAUUACCUUUUCCAAGUGUCAGCAAAUACCAGGAUGGGAGAAGGAGAGCGGACUCAAGUAGUGUCUGGGUCAAUUCAAUCUGAAGUUUCAGCAAAAAUAGCUAGUUUUUCAAGUAUGUUGACUAUACCUUGGCAUCAUCCAUUGAAUUUAACCUGUCUUGCUGUAGGAAUUCCAUCACCAAAAAUUACAUGGAAAAUCAGAGGUAAAACUAUGGUUACUGACAAGAGAUUUAAGUUGUUAACUGAUGGAUCACUGUAUAUAAACGCUGUCGUAGGAUCUGAUGCUGCCAAUUAUACAUGCCAAGCAGAAAACACCCAUGGCACAGAUCAAAUAGUGUAUGCUGUUAGUGUACAAGUCAGUAACAAAAUCGGCACUCCACCUAAGCCCCCUGUAUUAUAUGUUGUUACUGGAACAGCUAGUACAAUACAAGUCAGCUGGAAAUCGGGCAGUAACGGAGGAAGUCCAAUACAAAGAUUUUCAUUGAGAUAUAAAAAAGAACAUGAAGAAUGGAAACAUAUGGUCUUGGGGUCAAGUAACAGGUCAUAUACAGCAUCACGUCUUUUGUGUGGGACCUCGUAUAAAUUUGUACUUAAUGCUCAAAACAAGCACGGAGAUAGUCCUGACAGUAAUGUAGUUUCAGCUAAAACCAAUGGAUCAACUCCAAUAAUGCCAGCAAAGAGUAUGCUUCUGAAGUCAACAAAUGUCACUUCUGUAGACCUAGACAUGACGUCCUGGCUUACAUCUGGGUGUCCAAUUACAUUCUAUUCAAUAAAAUAUCAAGUGUGGGGAGAUGACAAAUGGAAAGAAGUCGCAAACCACAUUGACUGGAAUAUCACUUUGUUCCGCGUGUUAGACCUUCAUCCGGCUACUUGGUAUAAGAUGAUCGUUACAGCAUACAGUGACGCUGGUUCAACAGAAAGUCCAAUAGAGUUUGCAACCCUUAACUAUCAUGGAGAACUAAUCACUCCUAUUUAUGUAUCUAACAAAUAUGAGAAAAGAUUUUAUGAAAAAGAAAUUGUGAUUAUUCCUCUGUGUGCUGGUAUCGUUUCAACAUGUAUACUACUGGUUGCAGUUUUACUUUAUUGCAAAAGGAAAAGAGAAUUACUCAAACUCAAAGAUACAUUUAAGUUAUCUUCAAAUCUGCGUCGAGACAUUACAGCUGAGACAUCACUUAUGAAUGACCUUGACAAAAGGUUAAACUGUGACUACGACAGCAGCAGUGGCAAUUCUGAGCCUUUCACUAAAAGAAAUGUAAACCUUCUCAUGUCUUUGAACUCUGAUGACAAUUUACUUGAAAACAGUCCAUCGUGGUUGUUUAACACGGAUACUAGUAAAAGUAAUAGUGAAAAUGGAUCAUUUGAAAAAUCAGACGACGAUGGUAACAUCAAUCCUUACGCAACAUUUAAUGAAAUGAAGCAAGCACUAAAAGAAAGGUCAGAUAUGGACGAUAUAAGUCUUGAAAAAGCAGAAGCCCAAAGAGCUAUGCUCACUGAGCCGUACGUGCCAUUUUAUAAACAGAAAUCAAAAUAUCCUGAAAAACUAGCCCCAGUGCCUCCUGUUAAACCUCCAAAUAUUGACCCAACAUCUAAUACUGCAGGAUAUGACAAUGAAGGUAUGGCUUUGAGCCCACGUAAAUAUGCCAGUGCAGAUCAAAUACAUGCUUUAUUCACAACUAGUCAUGGGAGACAACAUAACAUAUACGGAAAAGUCAGGAAUACACCACAUCAUGCAUCCGAUGAUAAAGCGAGUUUGAGACAUAGCAUUAUAUCAAGUGUUACGACAGUAUCUUCAAGUCGUGACGAGUUACUGGAGGCAUUAGAGAAUGCACGGCGGAACCCUCCAUCGUCUGUUCUGUAUGAAUCUCAACAGGAUACCAGUUCACAGCUGACUGAUAGUCCCGGUGAUCCAGGUAUUCGACAAUUCACCCAAUCACCACCUGAACCCAAUGAACAAAGGGAGGCAGCUUGCCAAUUUCGAUCUAAACAAGACAAGAUAGGACAUAAGAAAGACGUAGAACCAGGCGUUUCAGACAUUGGAAAACAGUCUACUGUACAUCCAAGGAAAACGAGAGGGAAACAUAAAACUAAACAACGAGGUCAAUUAACAGGAAAAAGAAAUGUUUCCCAAAAUGUUAAAAGAACGCCUAGUAUGGCUAGCACAACGAGUAGUGAAGAAGUAACUUAUACAUUUGGAGGCAAAGAAACGCCACCGCGGUAUAGUCCAUCUGAAGGUUACCUCUCAUAUCCUCAUGAAAGUUAUCCGGAGUCAGACUAUAGCAUUAGUAAAAGAGUAGGCAGAUCGACACCUCAUACAAAAACUAGAUACGAUAUCAGCUUACAAACACCUGGAACUGAUGAAAAUAAACCACUGGUGACCACUUUUGCAAGACAGGGUUUCGUAGGUUCGAUAGAACAGGACGAGGAAGCUGUUAGACUUCUAGAUAGGCAUUAUAGACCUGUAGAAAUUGGAGGUGCUGUUAUAUUAACAGACAGAACAAGGUCAUCUGACAAAGGCUACACGGACGAUUUUACUAUAGUAUAAAUUAAAUGACCAAACAAAAUAGCGUAUUUAGUGAACAGAGUUUAGUCUUUGCCAGAUUAUCGGGAAUUGUCAACAGAUUAUUUACUGGAUAUGCGAAUGGUUAAAUCGUAAAAAUGAGUCCCUAACUCUGUUGCAGAACAUGUCUUUCUGUAUAUAUAUUGACAAUGGAUGCCUUGAAGAAAGGGACACUAGCAAAAAUGUCAUAAGAAGUUAUCUUAUAGAUAAAACGAUGGUUAAGCAUUUAAAACAUUGUGCCUUUGUAUAUUUGAUAUGCAAAUGCUGGUUCAACAUUAAAGAUCAAAACACAUAAUUGUGUAAAUAUCACGUCAGUAUUUAUGUUUAGCGUGUAAUAUAAAAUCAGUAUAUAUGUUUAAUGUGUAAAUAUUAGAUCCUUAUUUAUGUUUACAAAUAUACUUUAUAUUGAUGUUCAUGAUAUUUAUAAUAACAAGAUGCAAUGUCAAAUUUCUUGUUUUAGUUUAAACAUACUUUAUUUAUUCAGUGUAAGAUGAGUUGGACACAAGAUUUGUUUUUCGAGACUUUAUAUUGAUGUUCAUGAUAUUUAUAAUAGCAAGAUGCACUGUCAAUUUUCUUGUUUUAGUUUAAACAUACUUUAUUUAUUCAGAGUAAGAUGAAUUGGACAUAAGAUUUGUUUUUCGAGACAUCUUAUCGAACUCUUGUCUCACAAUUAUGUGGUAACGUUUUAGGUAUGAAUAAUGACAUUGGGCAUUUUAAUAAUACUGGUAAUGUAUUUUAUUUUCUAUUUUAUUGAAUGAUUACACAUUAGUAUAUGUUUGAUCAUGUUUUGUGGUUUUAAGGAGAGUCAAGCAACUUUGAAAAACUAAAAUUUAGAUUUUGGCUUUUAUUCUUCAAGAUGGAAUGAAAUGUGUUGGAAUAAAACUAAAUGAAGUAACAACUGUUUCUUUGACAUUUUUAUCUUACUGUUGCUUCUAAAUCAUGAACUAUACUUAUCAUCUGGUAACAUGAUUUUACAGUAUUUAUCAUUAUUAUUUAUAAACUUCUCUGUUAAUUUGAUGUUUAGGUUUUAUCGUUGUUUUUAUUUUGCAAUUAUCCAUGACUGAUAAGUCUGUAGUAGUAUUAGGUACUAGUAUUUGCCAAAGACAGACUUCAUAUAUACAGCUGUCAAUUUCGUCCUCUUUUGUUAAUCCUUAUGUGAAGGCGGUACAUACAUUGUAACACUACAGGGAGACAACUCUGUUAAAAUCAGUUGAACGUUUUAAUCACGUUCCAUUGUUACUUCUCAAUGAUAAAAAAUAGUGUCUGUAAAUCUGCUCAAUAUUCUAUUCAACAAAUUAAAAAUCAUUAUACCACCUUAAACUUAUACUUUAGUGCUGUCAAUAUUCAAUAGUUGUCAUUAAUUAUUUAAAUGUUUAUUCAUUACAUAUAUUAAUUUUGGUUUUACUUUACCAAUAGGUUAAAGUAAAUACCUAUUCAUUAUUGUGCAUUUUGAUAAUGUUUUUCAAGUUUAAUACGUCUUUGUAAAUACCAUUUAUUUAAGUUGUCAUCAAAUACGUGUCUUUGUUUUUUCUAGUCAAAUUGUAAACCACUGCCAUGUUUUAUUUAUUUAGUUUUGCUAUUUUAUUUUUAUUUUGACAAAGUCAUAUUUAUUAUUUAGUUUUCGUAUUUUCUCAUGUGAAUCGUGAUAAGCUAACAGUGCAAUAUUUCUAAGUUAUGUUUACAUGUGUGUGUUUUGUAUAGAGAAAUAUAAUUGUAUAGAAAAAGUGCAAAUAUGAGUUAUGAAUGAGGAAUUGUGUUUCCUAUUAGUGAUAAUAUUUUUGACUAUUCCUAAUCAGUUGUAUAUGAUUAGAUUAUUAAAAAAAGCAUAUGUUUUUGUCUAGUCUAAAAUUCGUAAAAUAUGUAACUACAAAGUUAUUACUGUGCGUAUAGCUACUAUUAGCUCUGCCUUUUGGUAAAUUAAUAGGAUUAAAAUUAAUAACAUUGACAACUAGAUACUUGCUUUCACGAGAAUCAUGCCAAGAUUUAUGCACAAACGUUAAGAAUUGGCUAAUCAAAUAACAAGUAGUAAAUUUACAAAUUUAAUUCCUCAUUUAAUUGAUAAUGCUGUCGUUUCAAAAUGACACACAAGUUCAGCAAAGAUGGCAGUAUAAGAAAUAACUCGAAUUAAUUGAUUCAAGAAAAAAAAAUGGUAGGAUUAAAUGCUUUCUUUUGGCGAUAUAGCCUUUGUGAAAUAAACAUUCCCUUUUCUCGAACAUUCGGUUUUUCAGUAACCUCAAGUUUUAUAUCUUUACAACAUGUCAAUUAUAUAAGAACAGUUUAAUUUCAAUGUGAAUGGUGUAUACGGAAUGUAAGAUGCAUUGAUACCUCUUUGAAACUGACAUUCAGAAGCAGUGCAAUGGAAUAGUUAAUGUACUAUGGUGAUAUGUAAUGUGUAUGUUAUAUAUUUAUGACAGUUACAUGUGACGUUUUGUUAUAAAAUAUAUUGAUAUAAAGAGUUGAAUUAA